UUUUAAGUGCAAGCACAUGAAAACAAUGACAAUCUCCAUCUAAUCUAUAAAAUCCAGUGCUCUUCGCUCUAGAUAAAGAACAUGAGGUGAAGAAUUCGAGUGAAAACUCCGAGUGAGUAUAAAGCCAAUCACCAGAUGGCGCUAUCUCAAAGCAGUUUGCCCACCAAGACAGAGACCAUCAACCAGCUCUCUCCAUCUCCAAGCCUCCUUCAACUGAACAGACACAACAUGCGUAAGUCCAGCGCCAUGGCUUCAAGCGCCUAUGAAGAUAUGGGUGAGCAAAACCCUGUACAAGUAGCCACGAGAGGCACUGUUGGGUCCCUCGUAAUGCAAGAACUCGAGUACUUCAGCCAGCUCGAAUUAAGCCAUGGAAGAUCAAAGAAGCCUCAGCCCCUUAUUACCGCCCUGGCUUCUACUGGUAGUCAAUCCAAAGCCACUCUUGGAUCUGCACUUACAACCCCGAAAAAGAAACUGCAAGGAGGAAGCAGGCGUCUACCGAGAAUUUGUUCGGUUGUGGAAGUGUCUGAUAGCAGUCGGCCAGUUAGGAUUUCAGGAUUCAGUUAUAGAAACCUGAAAUCUGAGGUCAAGAAGCUGCAAGCUUAGACAGUUCUCUCAGAUAGCUUUGAAAAACCAAGCUUCUUGAGUUUACUUGUUAUAGGGUUAGCCCAAGCUCUAUCUGGGUUACCACAUUUUAUGUCCACGAUUUCCACAAUUUUAGUUGCUUUCCUGUCAGAUUUCUCCCUACUUGGCGUUCUAUCCAAAAUAAUAUUAUCAGAGCCCAGCAUCGGCAUAUGAUGGUUUUCUAGGAGUAGUAGCACUACAGGGAACCGAAACCAGAAUAGUUCUAGGCUUAGUUUGAACAGAUGCUGAUGCUUGUGGGGAGGGUUUAAUUGAUUCCAGCUCCUUUGUUAUCAGAGCACCAAUUGUUCCGGUGGUACCCACCCUGGUAGAUCCUCCACCUCCCUUGAUAGCUUCUAGUUUCUGAACCAUGUUUCUAUUUCUGUUCAAUCAGAAGUAUGAGCUCUAUCCACUAGUGUUUUGACAUUAGCCUUUAGAGCUUGUUGGGAUAGUUGCAGCCAAAGAGUUUCACAAGCCUGUUAUGAAAUAGACACCUGCAUGUACGUGAUACUUCUUAGUUGAAGAAAUCUGCACAUAUUUUUAGCACUA